GCAGAAAUCUUACAUCAGUCGUCGAUCGAACUUCGCACGAGCAUCGUUGAAACUGUUUGUUCAUUUCUCUUUCACAAAAUCAAAAAUUUCAAGAAGAAGAAGAAAACGAAGAUAAAGACGAAGAAAUUAAAAUCAAAAUGAUCCUAUCAAGUCUGUUCAUUGUCACUUUGUCAAUUUUCUUUUAUUCCAAUGCGGCACCGAUUACUUACGAUCAACGACAGGACGGCAAAAUGAACGUUCGUGCCGAUUUAGAUAAUUUCUUUUUCGUUUUUAUAACCAAGGGAUCAUUGUUUAACGAUCUAUCCUUUCUCGAUUUUAAAUCGAUGACGAGACAAUUGAUGGUCGGUCAGAAAAAUAAGAUUGCCGUACAGAAUGAGCCGAUAUUAUCAUUAAUGAACGAGGAUAUUAGUGAAAAUAUUAAAACUGGCAAACCUUAUAAGGUCGACAUCAUAAGGAUUCCAAAGAACAACGAUAAGGAUCUUCAGGAUUUGAAAGAAUUAGGAAAACAGGAGGAUGACCAUUUGAACGAUCGUAAAGAUCAAGAUUUCGAAUUGACCCAACAAGUUAACAACUCGCAAUCACUUUCCAAGAAUAAUUCAUCAGGAUCUACUUCGAAGGAGGACGGCGAAAGGACAUCGUUAAACGUUCAACAGGACUCUGCUAAUACGACGAACAAACUUCAAUGAACGAUACUGCAGUCAGUAUCGAAAUUAUUGACCUUAUCGUUUAGAAUGAUAUUAGGAUAGAACACGUUUUUAUAUUUUUACCCUCGUCCAUUAGUGUUUCUUUUUCCCCCGGGUAAUAUUAUGGUCACGUAAUUGAUGUCUUAUCGUUGUUGUUAUUGUUAUUGUUGUUGUGGGAAGGGUGGUAGAAGGGCGGGGAGGUGAAGGGAGAGGGGAAGAUUUUCUUUUUCUUAUCUUUUUUUUUUUUUUUUUUUUUCCUUUUUUUUCUUCUUU